AUGAUUUAUCUCAGGAAAAAAUUUCGAAGAACAUUGCUCAGUGCAGCUUUAGGAUUAAUAUUUACACUGCUUUUUUGUGAAUAUUUAUUAUAUUAUAUAGUACUUGCACAGUGCGGAUGGCCUACUUUAGAUUCACGAAAAGAAGAUUUGACUGUAUCACAAACAGAAGCUACCGACAAGCCUGUAAGAGCCAUGUUUAUCGCAGACAUCCACUUGUUAGGCUCCAGAAAUGGUCACUGGUUUGAUAAAUUGCGGAGGGAGUGGCAAAUGUACAGGGCUUUCCAAACAAUGAUGACAAUACACAGGCCGGAUGUAGUUUUUAUAUUAGGUGACGUCUUUGAUGAGGGGCAAUGGUGCAGCUCCGUAGAAUUUGAGAGUUACAUACGGAGAUUCCACUCUUUGUUUUAUGUGCCCAAAAACACAUAUCUCUACGUUGUAGCUGGCAAUCACGAUGUAGGAUUUCACUAUGCGAUCACACCAUAUCGUAAUCAGCGCUUUAUUAACAGCAUGAAGAGUCCGAGUGUGCGACGAGUGAGUAUAAGAGAUAAUCACUUCACGUUGAUUAACAGUAUGGCGUUGGAAGGGGAUGGUUGUUUCCUAUGCCGACCGGCCGAAAUCGCAGUGAACAAAAUAGCCAAAGACCUGAAAUGCGCGAGGAAGAUGGGAAGCGAUUGCAAUAAUACAAGUGCAAUUUCCAGAUACAGCAGGCCUAUUCUGUUGCAACAUUACCCUAUGUAUCGAGAAUCCGACAAGAUCUGUAACGAAUUGGAUCAAGCACCUGAUGACAUAAAGGGCAUCAAGUUCCGCGAGCGAUGGGAAUGUUUGUCGAAAGAGGCGUCGGAACAGCUCCUGGACAUCCUGAAUCCGCGACUGAUUGUCGCCGGCCAUACUCAUCAUGGCUGCAGAAGGAUACAUCGGGACGACAUCCUGGAAUUCACAAUUUCGUCUUUCAGCUGGCGCAACAAAGUUAACCCGUCUCUCUUGAUGGGUACCUUCACGCCUAGAAAUUAUGCCGUAUCAAAGUGUUACAUGCCUGUGGAGUCUACCGUGAUCAUCAUUUAUAUUAGUCUCACAUGCACAAUGAUAUAUUUGAUUAUAAAACUUAGACCGAGUAGAUUUGAGUAGUUCGGCUCACACCGCUGAUCGAGCCUCGGCGUUAAAAACGCGAGCGAGUACAUGCAAUAACUCUAUAUACAAUCAUGAUUAAUGGAGGUAUAUAAUUCUUGGAAUAUUUAUAAGACAUUUGUAUACACUUUUAUCGUAAUAUCAAUUACACAUUAUUUACAUUAGUGAUAGUAUAAAAUACUUACUUUGUGAUAUAUAUCGUAUAUUUAACAUUAGUCUCUCGAUGUACAUAGAACACUACUGCUUGCGGAGAAAAACGCAAAACAUUUACUUACUAAGAAGAAAGAAAAUUCUCGUCGUGUAAAAGUGUCAUACAAGACGACAUAUGUGUAUGCGUGUGUGUGUAUGUGAGUGAGAUUUUACACAAUGUAUAUAAAAAGAAACAAGGGAAACUGCCGUCACACGCUACAUCGAAGACUCAUACGGGACACGCCGCGCGCGAAGUGGCUCAGAUAUGUAUCGCCGAGGAAUGAAGUGUAAUUAGACUCGUGUGAACGUAAUUAAAUACACAAAUGUUUUAUAUUAUUAUUCUUAUAUUAUAUACCGCACUCUCGUCGUAACAAUGAUCUGGCUUGGGGACCGUUGCAAAACCGCUUGUAUCCUUAUGCUAAGGAGACGAACGAUAACUUUAAAACUGGCUCGUUAUCGGCUAUAGAGCGUGGCAUCGGCUGCAAGAGUGCGUGUUCGCGCGAACGACGAAUCUCGGCUCCUCGAAUACCCGUGUAUUCACAAUGAAUGCAAAGUGUGCGCGUGUCAACGGUUAUACGGACACGGUGACACGGUUUCCAUUCGACAUCGUCGUUACGUCGUUCGCGGGUACACAUCUCGCCCGCGAGACACCGCCGCAUAAUACUUCUGCAUAUUAUUGACCAUCACUAAUAUCACAUACUUGCACAUUUUUACAGAGUUCCCCUCGUUGACGAGGAACGAUAUUGAUAUAGCCAACGUCCCAUUGUUAACGUUAAAUUUGUCUUAGAUUUUCUUUCUUUGUUCUCUCCUCUCUUCUUCUCUCACUCUCUUUCUCUUUGCGCGUUUUGCGAAUCAUAAGUACUUUACAGGGAAAAACCGCGACUAAAAUUAAAUAAAACAGAUUCAUUAUGCUCGUCAAAAUGGCGGAUGAACAUGUAGAAACAUUAUACUGACAUAUCGAAUAUAUUCGUACACCAUCAGUCACAGAAUGUAUAAAUGUUCAUUGUUCGAAAUCCCGUGGAAGAUGGAGAUGCAUCUGCACUUUCAUUUUAUAAUUCCUACAGCUAAAACAGAAACUAAAGGACCUUCCUUUCUCUUUUUCUCUCUCUCUUCCGCUCCAUUUCUCUCUCUCUCUCUCUCUCUCUCUCUCUCUCUCUCUC